UGCCUCGUGCGCGGCAGCUCCGGCUGAGCUUUCAGUCGGACGUAAGCUCGCGUCGAAAAAGCUCAGAAAAGUUUGCUCGCUCGUUCUUUCCGCCGCGUCGCACCGGAUCGUCGCGAGGCCACAGGGUGGUGGACUUGUAGCAGGCGGUAAAAUGGCGACCGCGAUACGAAACAAAUGACUUUGCUCGAAGAAACAACGCGAAAGCUUCAUCGUGAUCAACUCUGAACACUUACGGAGACUGUCUUUCUAUGAAGAGGUUCACUGGCGAACUUGACUCGCUGCUUGAAAAAGCGCCGUCCAAAACUACUAAGGACUAUAGGAAAAACUAGCCGCGGCUAAUAUUCGCGUAUACACGAUUCUCGCAGGUGUACGAAUGGGCGCGAUGAUCAAAUCAAUGAUAAAAAGCUCCGGGCGGAGUUUACUCGCGUGUCUGCACGAGGACGCGUGAAGGAUUUAGGCCGGAAUUCGAUUAUAUCGAUCGUGGAUCCUUUUCGCUACGAACACCGAUAUAACGGACUAAUGGUAUUAAAAGGUCGCGUGUGGUGGUCGAUUCUUAGCUGAGUGACGAUUGCUUGGGUCGGUACCGGCUUCGAUGACCUGACGAACCUUACAACGGCUACGCGGAUCCAGUUACGCGAUCAUGCAUUUGCACUUCGAGAAGAAUAACAAUGCCAAGUGCGACUGCAACAUCCUGUCGCUUAGCUGGAUGGGCAAGGUGCCGGACGAGUCGCCGGAGGACGAGGGAUGGAAACUAGACCGUACAAAUUACUACCAGGAAGGAUGGCUGGCCACCGGUAACGCUCGGGGGUUGGUAGGGGUGACUUUUACCACGUCCCAUUGCCGGACAAGGGCCACGGAACUUCCGCUCAGAGCAAAUUACAACCUUCGUGGACAUCGUAGCGAGGUGAUACUCGUGAAAUGGAAUGAGCCUUACCAGAAGCUGGCCUCUUGUGACAGUUCCGGUGUCAUCUUCGUUUGGAUCAAGUAUGAGGGAAGAUGGAGCAUAGAAUUAAUCAACGACAGAAAUAUUCCAGUCACGCAUUUUUCUUGGUCCCAUGAUGGUCGUAUGGCUCUCAUAUGUUACAGGGACGGUUUUGUACUAGUCGGCAGUGUAGCUGGUCAAAGGUAUUGGUCAUCGAUGUUGAACGACAAAGCUACCAUUACGUGUGGAAUUUGGACACCGGACGACCAGCAGGUAUAUUUCGGGACAACGGCUGGACAAUUAAUAGUAAUGGAUGUUCAUGGGGCCAUGGUGUCUGAAGUGCAGCUAGCAGCUGGUGUCACAUCAAUGGCCUGGAGCGCGGAAAAGUUUACGAUGGAAGAAGGGGAUGACGAUUUAACGAACGAUAGAUCUCACCGAGACGACCGGAAUUACGUGCUAGCGGUUUGCCUAGCAGACGGUAACAUCGUGAUGCUUCGUUCCUUCGACGACGUUUCUCCUAUCACCAUCCGUACAAACCUGAAGGCACCUCUACACGCAGAAUGGAGCAAUUCUAGAAAACUCCUAGCAAUCGCUGGAACGAAAGAAACAGACGGUUCUCAGGGUACCCCACACGAGUACACGAACCUGUUAAAAUUUUACUCGGUCACCGGUAGUCUUGUGUACACUACCGCGAUACCGUACACGCAAUGUCCGGUAUCGGCGCUCACGUGGGGUCACAACGACAGGAGACUUUUUGUGGCGACCGGUGCUCGCGUUCACGCCGCAUGGGUGUCGAGCGUUUGGUGCACGAUCCACGCGUUCCGCAGACGAGUAGGUUCGCUGCAAUUGUUGUCUCGUUUAGCCGUGAGGGCAGCUCUAACCAGAGAGUCCAGUGUCCAACAACUUCCGCUUCCACCGAGAUUGAGGGCAUCUGUGGCCGCACUUUUUGCUAGCACGAUAAGAUGUUCGGUACCGGAACCCAGAGAGCUAAGACGUUUCGUAUCUCGUCCACCUCCAGGAGGAGGAAGACUCCACUGCACCAUGCUCAGACACGCAGUAGAACCUGUGCCGUGUUACACGCUAUACUUGGAGUAUCUGGGUGGACUGGUGCCUCUGCUGAAAGGAAGAAGAACUAGCAAAAUUAGGCCAGAAUUCGUGAUAUUCGAUCCACAGAGUCAGGACACCCUCCAAGUGGUCGAGGAUACGUCACAGUGUCCAUCAUUUAGUGACGGAUCUGACACGGAAAGGGACACAGCUGAUCUGUGCGGAUCCCCCAGGAAUAAGAGGAAGAACAGGAGAAAAAAGGAGGACAAGUCGAACGAAGAGUCGGAUGAUCUCACCUAUGUAGCCACGUUACCUGAGCACGCGAGGUUGGUCGAAGUAACGUCCAAUAUCUGGGGCACGAAAUUCAAGUUUCACGGGUUGGCGGAUUCGGUGCCGGCCAACUUGGGUCAGGUUACUUAUCGAACGUCGCUGUUGCACCUGCAGCCACGACAAAUGACUCUGGUGAUGACGGAGCUGCGGGACGACGUUCCAGCGGGUCCAGAUCCAACGUUCAACCCUAAUCUGUUUUCCGAGGACGAAGAAGAAUCCUUCCAGGAGCUGCAAGCCUCUUCCAGAAGCACCUCCGAGGCCCAGCCUCCCCCGAUCGCGCCUAUGACCCCUCGCAACGCGCGACUCAACGCUAAUCGUCCAAAAUCACAAAUCUCUAACCAAUUUAUGGCGAGUGAACCUUUACCAGCCACUCUGUCCAGGGUGGAGAACUACGAGAACGAACUGCCCUACGUAGACCUGCAAGAGAUGGGUAAUCUCUACGAGAACUUGAGAACUGCACCCCCUAACACUUAUCGGACACCACCGAGACACAAUCCACCAAGGUGUUGCGAUGUUCCAGCACUACAGUCGCCUAAGAACGCGGUCGCACCCACGCAGACCAUAAUCGCGACCUCGAAUACCGGAACUGAUUACUCGAAUAACAUCCAGAGAAUGAAAACUGCUCUGACAGACCAGCAGCCCGGUCUGGUCACCAAGAAAGAACUGGAGAAUAACAAAUUCAAUCAGAUCUCCCAAGAAGAUAAAACUAUUCUGAACAGUUGCCCGUCGACUAUCAUACCCACCUCCAUGCAUAAUGGACAAGCCUGCAGUACGGAAGCGUCCAGCAGUCAUGGUUGCUCUCAAGAGUCCAUAGUGAAUGGUUUGAACAGCAACAGCUGUUCUCAGCAAACGAUAUUCAUGAACGGUCUUCACAUGGCAUGUUCGAGUAAUCUGAACAAUGGUAAAGGUCACAAUGGUUCUUCUAGUAUCGGUCAAUCGUUGGCCACAAAUUCUAGUACUCAAUAUGGACAGAGCAAUGGUCCUUUCAACAAGAUUGGUAUACACCUGGGUAGCAAUCAUUCUCCGGCUUGUUCUUAUCAAUUCCCUGAGAAUAUCGACCAGUGUAUCGGUCAAUCUUGUCCGCACUGUAGUUUAAAGCUGAAGGACACGAAAUCCCAUGAAUUGUGUGGGAAGAUGAGUGCCAGUGGUUCCACAACUGCCAGAGUGGACGAGAUGCGUUUCAUCGACGAAGAGGCUCGAAGCGAGGUGGAAACGUUUGAAAAUUCACGAGGAGUUCACAGAACACCUACUGUCGUCAGCAUCGGACCACUUUGGCUGAACGAUUCCAUAGUUAGAAGUUGCAGUGUUGGUUAUCUGGACAUGGUGGAUGCCCAGUUGGUCCCCUGCGACGUGGCUUUGAAAAUGCUGAGGAAAGAGGCGCCUAAUAAGAGGCUAGUGUUGGUAUCGAGGAAGACCAAGAGGAGGAAAAAGAACAAGGCUCAACAAGAGAUCGUCCAACAGAGUUCCAAGUCCCCGAGGCUACGAAACUGUGGCAAAUCCAAGAGUUUGGACUCCAGUGAUAUAUUCCCGGCUAACGAACAGAUUGCUUUGCCACCUAAGUUACCUGAACACGUGGAGGAAGCGACAGGGACUGUCAAUCUAGAGACGGUUGAAGACAAGAGUAACGAAUCGUUAAAUGAUCCAGAUGCGAUCGAAGGACCCAGCGAUUGUACCCAAAAUGUUAUUAGUAACGUGAUUAAUCCUGAUGUUAAACCCAGUCGACUGAAAGGUUGCAACUCACCUGCUAGAGGUUCUAGUCCAAGUGGAUCAUUAGCAUCAUCAUUGGAUGGUCUCGCAGCUCGUCUCCGAGAUUUUGAUGAAAGUCACUCUUUACCUCCACCAUCGCCUCGUCCAUCGGCCAGACUACCUAGGAGUUCUCCUAGCAGUCCAGCACCUUCCAAGAAGGGAAAAAGACCUGCAUCAGCUUCGCCAAUUAGGAGGAGACUUCUAUCGAGUCCUUUGCUAAGUAGAAGAACGCGGAAAAGUCGAGGCGAAAGCUCGGACGAGGAAGGACUCCUGCAAGAUGAUUCAACGAAUUAUAGGAACCUCGAAACGUUUCAGAAAGCGCAGUUGCGACAAAAGUUGAAGCAAAAAGGGGGAGGAUCGUCGAGUCACAAGUCAGAGUCAGUGAGACGAGAACUUGUGAUGCACAACAAGGCACCUAUGUGGAACGAGUCUAGCCAGGUGUAUCAACUUGACUUCGGUGGCAGGGUAACUCAAGAAAGCGCAAAGAAUUUCCAGAUCGAAUUUAAAGGCCGACAGGUCAUGCAAUUCGGGAGGAUAGAUGGGAACGCCUACACGUUAGACUUCCAAUAUCCUUUCAGCGCUUUGCAAGCAUUUGCCGUUGCCUUGGCCAACGUUACGCAACGCCUCAAGUAAUCGUUAGUCGCCGAUUUGUGCGAAAUUCGGAACGCAACUACCAGGAAAGAUACUGUAUAUUAAAUUAAAGUAUUCGUCCAGAAAUGAAGAAAAAAAAAAUGAAACUGAAGAAGAAAAACUAAACAUAGCAAGCCAUAGGGAAAAAGCUGAAGCUGUAACGAUACGCUACGCAUCUAGAAUACUAAAGAACGAAAGACACGUUUAAAUACAGCUUUGAAGCAUGUAAUAGAGCCGCAUGUCUUUCGAUUAUUAAAAACUAGUGACGAACUAGAGUAAAUCUUUAAGGUAAACGAGCGUUAUACACCAGCCGUCUCCGCGACGUAACAGAGAUUUUCCCGCCCAAAAUCUCGAAGCUGAAAAAAACACAUGGCCUUCCGUUGUAGCGCGAAAAAGAAGAGCAAAAGAAAUACCUCUCGUAUCUAUAACGCCUUCGAAACUAUUGAACGUGAUUUUGAACGCGUCGAAUCGCUGAAUUUUAGCGAUAGAAUGAAAAGAAAAAAAAUCUGACAAACACACAAAGAGAUUCUGUGUCACGAGGAACCAUGGUGGAAAGGAAAAUACUAAAAAAAAAAAAGAUUUUGUUAAAAAUGCUUCUUCGUCGUACCGUCCAACAAAUGUAUUUCGUUUAUCCCAACUUCGAGCGCUCAUUUUUGUAUAGUUUAUGCGACACGUUGGAGUCUAGUAAUGCUGUUGAAAGUUCACCUCGUUCAUUUUUGCGGUCCGCCGGGUGUAUUCGAAUUUUAUAUACAAUAUAAUUAUUAUUGACGGACUCGAAUCACCGCGCGAGCCUUUCAUGUUGUUCGAUUAAAUGUUUCUUAUGGCGUAUUAUAAGAGAAAAUUGAGAAAAACACAAAAAAAAAGAAGUUAACGCUAAAUGAUGUAACGUUUUGCGUCCGGGGCCUGUGUUCGUCCUCGUCGAAACAGAACAGACGAAAAAAAAUGGAAAAAUUAGGCAAACAGAAAAACGAAGCGAGACAGAUACAACGGAAAUAUUCUCGUCUGUAUUGCCAAUCUGUGCACGCAUAAAAAAAAAUUAACUGUCGUCCGUACUUAAUCCACGAUCGUUAUAUUUCUAUUCGCCUAAUUGUAAGUAACAUGAAAGGGAAAAGGAGAGAAGAAGUGAAUGUCGAUUUCAGGCCUAGGGGAAACGCUCAGAAUUUUGGAUAAGCUGACAAUUUUGAGAAAAAGACGCCUGGAACGAUCACGAAUGAAGGCAAGCUGGAAAUUUUGUUACGUAUAAUGUGGGUCAGAGAUGUCUAACUGCUGCCCGAGCGAACAUCCCCCAUCGAGCGACACCUUUUGUUUCUUUUGCGAAGUCUGCUCUUUAGAAGGGGUAUAUUUGCUCGUGCGCAGUAUAUGAACAUCUCUGGUGUAGGUGUACAUGGUAUGCAAUGUAAACUUCCCUUGAUUAUGAGCGAGGUAAAUUCCACCAUACCCCUCUUGGGAGAAAAGAAAAUUGGGGCUAAAGAAAAUUAAGUGACAGAUACAUUUUCUUAAAUUUUGUUUUAAUCGAAGGGAGUAUCGUUGCAAGGAAGUGUACACAUGAGGUAUAACUAAUAAAGAAUGAAGUUGAGCUUCUGGAAAUCAAUUUGCAUUGCAAUUGAAAUUUUGCAGUAAAUUUGGAGUAGAUUUCUCCAUAAAAAUUGAAUUGUAGAGUCAGUCUAAUUAUUUAUUAGCUAUACCUCCUACACGCAUCUAAUUUCGAAACCGUGCUAACGCUUGUCGAGAGACACGCAAGAGAAAUGGCUCUACAUAUGUAUACACACAUUUGGUUUCUUCUGAAAAGCUUCGCGCCUCUUAUACCGGUUGUAAUCGUAUUUUUUGCAGAAAUAUACACGAGCCACGAUAUGGGGUGAGUAAAUCGCGAAUAUUUAUAUCGUUCUUUUUUCGACAACGUUUACAGAGUUUACCGAUCAGACCGCCCCAUGUUCGCGAAUUAGCGAUAAGUAUACAGCUAAUGACAGUAUAUAAAAAUACUGAACGGUAUGGUUUGUUUGGUUUCUAGACAACAUUGUAUGUUGAAAUUAUUUAACGAUCACCAGUAGACAAUUUGCACUGAAAAAUACAAACCGCAAACUCAUAGGACGAAUAAGAGAAGGUGUCCAUUUUGAGAUUAGCAACGACCAUUUGGAAAAUUUAAUUACAAGUGGUUUGAUAUAUAUUAAAAGAGAUUAUGUGUACUUAUAUGCAAUUAUAUUAUAUUAUAUCCAAUCAUUUUAAUUUUUGAAAAUCUUUCAACAUGUGAAACAUUUAUGUAUAAUCCCUUAUUAUCCUUCGAAGUGUCUCUUCAAAUCUCACUAUGAGUUUGUGAGUUUAUCGAAAGAAAAUUUUCUAGGACAUUAUUGCGGAAUUAUCUUCAUUUACGAGAACCCAAGAAUCAUUCUACGAAAAGAAGAGAACAUGCGAACGAAUGUAAAAAAGAAAUGAAUUAUGAAGUCUUGAGACAAUGAAUCACGUUACGAUGAAAGUUCCACGAUGGUAAACUUUUCAUACUUGCACGAACUUUUGAUAUGGAAAAAACAGCAUCAAUGUGACCCACUUAUUUUUAAUAUAUCGUAUAUACAUGUAUGUACAGGUUGUCUCAAGAAAUAUGUAUACUAUAAAAAGUGAAAAUUCUUUAUACCAAAGGGAAGUAAAAUAUCCUGAUAUAUUUUACAAUUUACAUUCUUAUUUUUCAGAUUCGAAUUUUUGACUAAUUUUUUAACAAAGCACUUCCAUAUAUUAAAACAAAUAUUAUCUAAAAGUAGUCUAAAAUAUAAAUUGUCAUUGUUUCAAAAGUUAAUUAGUACCCUGAGGUUUAAAUAGAGUAUGCCCCCAAAAUAGUACAUUAAGUUUUUUCUACCUAUACCUUAAAAUCAAAUGCUAAUAUUGCAAAAUAAAGUCUUCUCUAACAUGAAAAAUUGUCAGUUUUCACAGUGUACAUUUUUUUUGAGACAGCCUGUAUACAUCUUAAUGCAUCUCCGCCGAACAAGACGGACUUGAGUCACGUAAUAGGCAACGUUUACGUCAAAGACGGUCCAGUUUAGUAUAUAACUCCUCUUAGAGUUAUAUGAUAUCUCUAUUAACAUUAACACGUUUGCUGUCGCUCACUCAAACAAUGCUAAAUGUCCGAUCACGCGAUAUCGCGUGAUCUAUCGCCAACGUUCGAACGUGGUGGCACACAGCGACCGGUACGCUUCCGAGUCAAACAGCAAACGCGUUAAACUGAUACCUGUGAUUAUCAAUGGUAAUUUGCUUUCUUUGGCGAUGAAUAGAGUGCCUAGGACGUGUAAUGUAAACCGAUUUGCAAUACACGAAUUUGCUAAUCAGGAAUUUUAAUUAAUUGUACAGCAAUUGUUAAUUGAACGUAUGAUAAGUUCGUGUAAGGAUUUGUAAUAAAUAGUACGCGCCUGAAUCGUGACUGAGUUCCAAAAUGUUCGGCCUAGCUCAAGAGUCAGACCAUACAUGUUCGUUAACCCAUAGGUGGUAGUAUAUUUGUUCUUAUUUUUUCGUUUCAUAUAUUUGAUUUACAUAUUUAACGAGCGUAAACGUUUGAGAAUAAUGCUUAAUACGAAAACGCUGUGUCACGUGUGAAACCUUGCGACUGAGUAUACCGUAUGUAAAGGACACGAUUUACAUAGUGUGCAAAUAGUAUCAGUAUUGUUUUCUCUCCUACAAUGAGAUUGUUGAUUUUGUGGUCUUAGCGCUGAAUGAUCAUUCUGUAUAUGCGUAAUGCAAUUUUGUUACCGAGUACAAUUGAUGAUUAUCAGAUAUUUGUAAAUAAAGAAUGAAAUUCUA